AAGGAUUUCUUUGAGUUGGACAAGCCAUAUGAAUCUAUGUAUGAUAGAGAUACUGUUCCACGUAUGCCAUGGCAUGAUGUUCAUAUGGUUACUGCUGGUCAACCUGCUGCUGACCUAGGUAGACAUUUUGUUCAAAGAUGGAAUUAUUUGUUGAGACAAAAGAGACCAUCGAGACCAACACCAAUUUUGACACCACCUUCAGAAUUUUCUCCAGAUAAUUUGGAAAGAUUUAAUUUGACUGGUAAAUGUGAGGUUCAAUUGUUGAGAUCCUCUGGUAAUUGGUCAUUGGGUUUGAAGAAAACCGAACACUCCAUUCAAAAUGCAUACUUGAAAUUGAUUGAAACUUCUGAACAUUUCGUUUAUCUUGAAAAUCAAUUCUUUGUUACUGCAUCUGCAUUUGAUGGUACUGUUAUUGAAAACAGAAUUGGUGAUGCUUUAGUUGAUAGAAUCAUUCGUGCUCAUAAUGAAAAAAAGAAAUGGAAAGCUGUUAUCAUGAUUCCAUUAAUGCCAGGUUUUGAAAGUCAAGUUGAUGAAGCUGAGGGUUCUGCUGUUAGAGUUAUCAUGCAAUGUCAGUAUAUGUCCAUUUCAAGAGGUUCGACUUCAAUUUUCGCUAAAUUGAAAAAGAUGAAGAUCAAUCCCUAUGAUUAUAUUCAGUUUUUUUCAUUGAGAAAAUGGGGUAGAAUUGGACCAAACCGUAAGAUUGUCAGUGAACAACUUUAUAUCCAUGGUAAAACAAUGAUUGUUGAUGAUAGAGUUGCAAUUAUUGGUUCUGCAAAUAUCAAUGAGAGAUCCCAAAGAGGUAAUAGGGAUUCAGAAGUUGCAGCAUGUGUUAGAGAUACUGAAACUGUCAACACAACCAUGAAUGGUAAACCUUAUAAAGCCGCAAGAUUUGCUCAUACUUUAAGAAUUAGAUUAAUGAGAGAGCAUUUAGGUAUUGACGUUGAUAUUUUGGAAAUUGUUGAAAAAAGAUUCAACAAGUUGGAAGAAUUAGCAAGAUCCACCAAAGUUGGUCAAGAUUCUAAGACUCAUAAUUUUAAUCAAAAGGAAAAUGAAGUUACAUCUUCAAUGGUUGAAUUAGCUUCAAGGGAUGUAUUGAAUUUACCAAAUGGUACUAAAAAAUGGCAAACCUUCAAAAAGCAAGCUUUUGGUGAUGCUAAUGCUGCGCCAAAAUAUGAUGAAAACUAUAAAGAUAUUGAUCAACAAGAUAAUGGUCAAAAUUUGCCACCACAUUUGAAAGAAAAAGAUCACAAGCCAGCUCCAUUAUUUUAUCAUUCUUUUAACAAUCGUGCUAGGGAGGAAAAUACUGGUAUUAGAGAUAAGAAACAAUUUAGUACCGAUUCAAGAGUUUCAAAUACUACAAAACAUAAGGAUGAUAUUGAAGGUAAAGGUCAGGACAGAAUGGAAUCGAAAGAGUACAAAGCUUACAAAUUGAGUGCUGCUAAAACUUUGAAAAGAUGGGCUAAAGAGUCUUUGGUUAAUGAUACUACUGAUGUUUUCUUACCAAAUGUUGAACAAGUUUUAGAAUUUUUGGAAAAUGAUGAUUUCAUUGAUAAUCCAUCUUCAUUGAGUGACAAGGAGGAAUUUGUUUUAGCUGAAAGAAAUCAAGAGAGAUGGGAUUUAUUGAAAAGAAUCGCAUAUUUGCAAAGAGUUGCAGCUAAACAAAAGGUUCAGAAUGAUGAUGAAAAUGAAAAGCGUGCAAAAGUUGGUAUUUCCAGUCUAGAUAAUACUUUUACAAGAUCAGAUCACAAUGGUAAAACAUCUGCUGUUGAUAAAGUUUCAAAGCCAAAAGCUAGUCAAGGUGCUGAUCCUAAAGAUAUAGAAGCUAAUGCUGGUGUUGAUGCUCGUCCUUCAACUGAAUUACAAGAAGUUGAAAAUUUACCUGGUGAUAAUAUCCCAGUUGUUGCAUUGGACUCGCAAGGUAUUCGUGAUGUUUUGGACAGUCUGAGUGACUCUAAGCAAGGUGAUGAGUCUAAGUUUAAUAAAUUUAUUGACCCAUAUUGCUUUAGUGAUCCAAUUGAUGAUGCAUUUUAUGAAGACGUUUGGUUUGAAAAUGCAUUAAGAAACUCAAAGAUUUUUAGAGAAGUUUUCCAUUGUCAACCUGAUGAUGCUGUCACUACAUGGAAAGAGUAUAAGGAAUUUUCAAGAUUGAGUACAGCUUUUGGACUUGCUCAAGAGCAAGAGGUUCAUCGCAGAGAAGCUUUAUUCAAGUCGAUGUCACAUUCAUCAAAUGGUGAAGAUGAAGCUGAAACUUUAGCCAAUGUUCGUGAUCGCAUGGAGAGACAUAACAGUGUUAGUGCUCAAGAUUUGGAUGAUACAGAUGGUGUACUUGGUAAGCCACCAGGUAGACAAACCCAAAACACUGCAGUUGAUGAAGGCGAAGACCCAGAUGAUCAGGCUACAUAUCCAAGAAGAGGUAAGAGUGGUGCUUAUGGUCUAAGAAAUAAAUUAAUGGGUGAAAAAGUGUUUGAUCGUGAGACUGCAGAUAGAUUGUUGAGUGAGAUUCAAGGGCACUUGGUGCUUUUCCCAGUUGAUUGGUUGUACAAGGAGGUUGAGUCUGGUAACUGGUUUUACAAUAUGGAUAGGCUCCCACCUAUUGAUAUCUAUGAUUGAUCUGUUUAUUUAUUAGUUUUUUAAUAU